AAAGAGCUAAUUCAAAAUUUUUCAAUAAUACUGCGAUUAAUAUCGUGUGGAAUGCGUAUUAAUAUCGACGCGUUUAGAGAGCUCCUUAUAAGGACAAGAACAAUGUAUUUGACUGAAUACGAAUGGUACUACAUGCCUAGCAGCGUGCAUAAAAUAUUGAUGCAUGGGUGUGAGGUUAUUGAGUAUUUCGAUCUACCAAUUGGCAAUUUUUCAGAGGAAGCUCUGGAAGCUUUACAUAAACACAUACGUAUCGUACGAUAUGAUCACACACGUAAAACUGCUCGGGAGCAUACAAACAGAGACUUGAUGUCAUACUUAAUAAUAUCAUCAGAUCCUGAAGUAGUUUUUAAAAGGAGUGCUAUCCCAAACAAAAAUGCAGUUUAUACAAUGGACGAGCCGGAAGAGUAUUUAGUCGAUGCUGAAGAAACUUAA